AUGGCCGAUAAACCCAUCGAUGUUCUUCUAAAGGGCAACUCCGGCAGGAACACGCGCGGUCUUCUGCGGAUUAUCAUCCUCUGUACCAUUGCAGCAGCAGCAGUUGCCAGUCGUCUGUUUAGUGUCAUCCGUUUCGAGAGUAUCAUCCACGAAUUUGACCCUUGGUUCAAUUUCCGAGCAACAAAAUAUCUGGUGGAGAAUGGCUUCUACAGCUUUUGGGAUUGGUUCGAUGACCGAACAUGGCACCCUCUGGGUCGUGUCACCGGUGGCACGCUCUACCCUGGACUGAUGGUGACGAGCGGCGUCAUCUACCACGUCCUGCGAUUCCUCGCUCUCCCCGUCGAUAUUCGCAACAUUUGUGUCCUGCUGGCGCCUGGAUUCUCCGGGCUGACCGCGCUGGCAAUGUACCUUCUGACCUGCGAGAUGACUCCAUCGCCCUCGGCGGGUCUGCUGGCGGCAGCUUUCAUGGGCAUUGUCCCUGGUUAUAUUUCCCGGUCCGUUGCCGGCAGCUACGACAACGAAGCCAUUGCCAUCUUCUUGCUUGUCUUCACAUUCUUCUUGUGGAUCAAGGCUGUUAAGAAUGGCUCUAUCAUGUGGGGAGCGCUGACUGCGCUUUUCUACGGAUACAUGGUGUCUGCGUGGGGUGGUUAUGUCUUCAUCACCAACCUGAUCCCUCUGCACGUGUUUGUACUGUUGUGCAUGGGUCGGUACAGCUCCCGUAUUUACAUCAGCUACACCACAUGGUAUGCGCUGGGCACUCUUGCUAGUAUGCAGAUUCCCUUUGUGGGCUUCUUGCCGAUCCGCAACAGCGAUCAUAUGUCUGCCUUGGGUGUCUUCGGCUUGCUUCAGUUGGUGGCCUUUGCCGAGUUUGUUCGUGGCUUCGUUCCUGGCAAGCAAUUCCAGAGACUGCUCACCGCCAUGAUCAUCAUCACUUUUGGACUCGGUUUCGUUGGGCUCGUUGUCUUGACUGUCACCGGGGUGAUUGCUCCCUGGAGCGGUCGUUUCUAUUCCUUGUGGGACACGGGCUAUGCUAAGAUCCACAUCCCCAUCAUUGCCUCGGUCUCGGAGCAUCAGCCUACAGCCUGGCCCGCCUUCUUCUUUGAUCUGAACUUCCUGAUCUGGCUUUUCCCAGCGGGUGUCUAUUUGUGCUUCCGCCAGCUCAAGGACGAACAUGUCUUUGUCGUGAUCUAUUCGGUGCUUGCGAGCUACUUCGCCGGUGUCAUGGUUCGAUUGAUGCUGACCUUGACCCCUAUUGUCUGUGUCGCGGCGGCCAUGGCUCUUUCGUCGAUCCUGGACACCUAUCUGGUGGCCUCUUCCCCUACCCCGGAGUCUCAAGCAGCAGCGGAGGAAGACGCUUCUUCGGAACCGCUUCGCUCUGCGCGAAAGCCGACAGUUGGGAUCACCUCGUAUCUGUCGAAGGCCAUUGUAGCGGGCUCCAUCGUCGUCUAUCUGCUCCUCUUUGUUGCACACUGCACCUGGGUUACCUCGAACGCGUACUCUUCUCCUUCCGUGGUUCUGGCCAGCCGGAUGCCCGAUGGAAGCCAGCAUAUCAUUGAUGACUACCGUGAGGCGUACUACUGGCUUCGCCAGAACACUCCUCACAAUGCCAAGGUCAUGUCGUGGUGGGAUUAUGGCUACCAGAUCGGUGGUAUGGCGGACCGUCCCACCCUUGUUGACAACAACACAUGGAACAACACCCACAUCGCCACUGUUGGUAAGGCGAUGAGCUCCCGUGAGGAGGUCAGCUACCCGAUCCUCCGCCAACACGAUGUUGAUUAUGUGCUGGUGGUAUUUGGCGGUUUGCUGGGCUACUCUGGCGACGAUAUCAACAAGUUCCUGUGGAUGGUUCGUAUCGCGGAAGGUAUCUGGCCCGAUGAAGUCAAAGAGCGGGACUUUUUCACUGCCCGAGGAGAAUACCGUGUGGAUGAUGGAGCCACUCCCACCAUGCGCAACAGUUUGAUGUACAAAAUGUCUUACUACAACUUCAACUCGCUCUUCCCGUCCGGCCAGGCCGUGGACCGUGUCCGUGGCUCGAAGCUCCCCGCCGAGGGACCCCAGCUUUCGACUCUGGAAGAAGCUUUCACCAGUGAAAACUGGAUCAUCCGUAUCUACAAGGUCAAGGACCUCGACAACCUUGGCCGAGACCACAACCAAGCGGUGGCCUUCGACAAAGGUCUCAAGAAAAAGCGGAGUAUUAAGAAGAAGGGCACUCGGGUUCUGAGAACCGAAUAG